AUGUCCCUUCCAAGCGACUUUCUCUGGGGAUUCGCAACAGCCGCCUAUCAAAUCGAAGGCGCCGUCGAACAAGACGGUCGAGCCCCCACCAUCUGGGACACCUUCUGCAACAGGCCCGGCAAAAUCGCCGACGGCUCCUCGGGCACCACGGCGUGCGACUCGUACAAUCGCACAGCAGACGAUAUUGCCCUCCUCAAGUCCCUGGGCGCGACGGCCUACCGCUUCUCCUUGUCAUGGACACGCAUCAUACCGCUGGGGGGCCGGAACGACCCCGUCAAUCAGCCCGGUCUGGACCACUACGUCAAGUUUGUACAUGACUUGCUCGCUGCCGGCAUCACGCCAUUCGUCACCUUGCUUCACUGGGAUGUGCCCGAUGAGCUGGACAAGCGGUACGGUGGGCUGCUGGACAAGACCGAGUUUGGUCUCGAUUUCGAGCACUACGCGCGGGUGUGUUUCCGGGCCAUGCCUGAGGUGAAGCACUGGGCGACUUUUAAUGAGCCGUGGUGCUCGGCCGUCUUGGGAUACAACGUCGGCCAGUUUGCCCCAGGAAGGACGUCGGACCGGACCAAGUCUUCCGAGGGCGACGGCACCACAGAGCCCUGGAUUGCUGCGCACACGUUGCUCGUUGCGCAUGGCCGCGCCGUCAAGUCGUAUCGGGAUGAGUUCAAGGCUGCCGCCCAGGGCGAAAUCGGCAUCGUGUUGAACGGUGACGCCGUCUUCCCCUGGGACCCCGCCGACCCGAGGGACGUGGAGGCGUGCGAGCGCAAGAUAGAAUUCGCCAUCUCGUGGUUCGCAGACCCCAUCUACAAGGGCGACUACCCAGAGUCCAUGAAGCGCCAGCUCGGCAGCCGCCUGCCCACCUUCACGCUCGAAGAAGCUGCCCUCGUCCACGGCUCAAACGACUUCUACGGCAUGAACCACUACACGGCCAACUACGUCAAGAACCGCCCCGGAACGCCCGACCCAGAGGACGUGGGCGGCCACAUCGACCUCUUGUUCUACAACAAGAGGGGCUUCUGCAUCGGCGAAGAGACGCAGUCGCCGUGGCUGCGGCCCUGCGCCGCCGGAUUCCGCGACCUGAUGGUCUGGAUCAGCAAGCGCUACAACUACCCCAAGAUUUACAUCACCGAGAACGGGACCAGUAUCAAGGGCGAGAACGAUUUGCCCAUGGAGAAGAUUCUAGACGAUGACUUUCGCGUGCGCUAUUACGACGAUUACGUGAGGGCCAUGGCGACGGCCGUGUCGCUGGACGGCGUCGAUGUGCGGGGGUAUUUUGCCUGGUCGUUGAUGGAUAAUUUUGAAUGGGCCGAGGGCUAUGAGACGCGGUUUGGCGUGUGCUAUGUCGACUAUGACAAUGGCCAGAAGAGGUUUCCCAAGAAGAGCGCGCGCUUCUUGGGGCCGUUGUUUGACAAGUUGAUACGGAAGGAGGGGCAGUAG